AUGAAGUGUUUCUACUGUUCCAAUUUUCAUCAUGCUGCAAUGUGCAUUAAUAAAAUAGCAAAUAAGAAAAUAGAUAUACAAGAAAAUUAUUCGUCUUCAUUAGCUUCACUAUUAAAGUGUAAUAACUCAGUCUUAUUGCAAACAGUCAGAGUCAAUGUAACCGCUAAUAAUAUCAAUCAACCUGCUCGUAUAUUGCUCAAUAGCUGCUCACAACUUAGUUACAUCUUACCAUCAUUGCGAAGUAAACUUAAUUUAAAAACGUUAGACUCGAAGAGAAUCGUUAUUAAUACUUUUGGAAAUCAGAGUGAAACAGAAGUGCUGGAAAGGGUUCAAUUUACUGUUAAGGAUACUAAUGGUUGUUUUGAUUUAAUUUUUUGUUUUGUCAAAGACAUAUGUGCCACCAUUAAUGGCCAAAAUAUAGAUUUUUCUGUUAGAAAUUAUAAUCAUUUAAAGGGUCUAGCAUUAGCUGAUAUAGUAGUAAGUAGUAUAGAUAGUCCAGUAAGUGAUAGUCCAGUAAGUGUUGAUAUUCUGGUUGGAGCUGAUUUUUAUUGGAAAUUCUUUGGUGAUACAGUCGUUAAGGGUAAUUCUGGACCUGUUGCUCUAAAGUUUAAUCUUGGUGGUUAUGUGUUAAAUGGUUGUUCAGGUUUGGGUCGUUAUAUGGUUGAUUUACCAUUUAGGGGUGAUGAAUUUGUAUUACCUGAUAACUAUUCUUUAUAUAUUGAUUUAUUCAAUUCAUAUAAUAAUAUUACUAAAUAUCAAUUAUCUCAAAUUAUCAUUGAAAAAGUUUCAGUUGAUGAUUUAAAUGCUGAAAAUGUACAUUAUUUGCCUCACAGACCGGUGGAACGUGAUGAUAAAAUUACAACUAAAGUUCGAAUGGUAUUUGAUGCUAGUGCAAAAUCUUAUGGAGCAUCACUUAAUGAAUGUUUAUAUUCGGGUCCUAGUUUGACUACAUCACUUUUUGGAACUUUACUACGAUUUCGUUCGAAAAGAUUUUCUUUUAUUGCAGAUAUUGAGAAGGUUUUUCUUCAAAUAGGCCUUACAAAUAAAUGUCGAGAUUAUGUUAGAUUUUUGUGGUAUAAUGACAUUAAUAAUAUAUCUGUUAAAAAUUUAUCAAAUCAAAAAUUAAUAUCAUAUCGUCUAUGUAAAGUGUUGUUUGGAGUAACGUCGUCUCCAUUUUUAUUUAAUGGAACGUUAAAACUACAUUUGGAACAAUAUUUAAGAAGUAAUUCGUCAUAUGUUAACAAACUUGUAAAUAGUCUUUAUGUUGACGAUGUAAAUUCUUGUUUUGAUGAAGUAAGUCAAUGCAUUAACUUUUACAAAUGGUGUAAGUUGUUAUUAAAAGAAGGUGGAUUCAAUCUUCGGAAAUUUGAAUCUAAUUGUAAAGAUUUAGAAAGCACUUUUCAAGAUGAGCCAUCUAAAAAAAAGAUGAAACGAAAGUUCUUGCUAAAGUUACUAUUUCAAAAGUUGAACAUUUCUAAUAUAGGUAGGGAUAGUUAUCUUGAAAAAGAAAAUUUGCUAGAAUGGCAAAUAAUAAUUAAUGAUUUGCGGUUAGCAGGUAGUAUAAGUUUACCACGAUGGUAUAUUAACCAUUUAGAUUUAGUUCCUGAUUGCUCUGCAACAAGUGCCGUUCGUGGACUUAGAAGAUUUUUUGCGCGGCGAGGGGUGCCUUCAGAGAUAGUAUCAGACAACGGCACACAGUUUACAUCCGAAGAAACACAAGCAUUCGUUGCAUCUAUGGCAAUCAAAUGGAGAUUAAUCUAG